CCAAGAUGGCGGCCUCCAUGGGCGACGUGUUCUCCUUCUGUGUGGGCGUGGCAGGCCGGGCUCGGGUCCCUGUAGAAGUCCGCUUCGUGAGCAGUUGCAAGGGAAAGGGGCUCUUUGCCACACAGCUGAUCCGGAAGGGGGAGACCAUCUUUGUAGAACGGCCCCUGGUAGCCGCACAGUUUCUCUGGAAUGCACUUUAUCACUACCGAGCCUGUGACCACUGCCUGCGGGCACUGGAGAAGGCAGAGGAGAAUGCCCAGAGGCUGACCGGGAAACCUGGCCAGGUGCUGCCACACCCUGAGCUGUGUGCUGUGCGCAAGGACCUCCACCAGAACUGUCCCCACUGCCAGGUGAUGUACUGCAGUGCGGAGUGUCGGCUGGCAGCGGCUGAGCAGUACCAUCGGGUCCUGUGCACAGGCCCCUCCCAGGAUGACCCCCUGCAUCCUCUCAAUAAGCUGCAGGAGGCAUGGAGGAGUGUUCACUACCCCCCCGAAACCGCCAGCAUCAUGUUGAUGGCUCGGAUGGUGGCCACAGUGAAGCAGGCUAAGGAUAAAGAUCGUUGGGUCAGGUUCUUCUCUCAGUUCUGUAAUAAAACGGCCAAUGAGGAGGAGGAGAUUGUCCACAAACUCUUGGGGGACAAAUUCAAGGUCUCCCCGUUUUUCCUAAACCAGGGCCAGCUGGAACUUCUGCGGAGACUCUUCACAGAGGCCCUUUAUGAAGAAGUACUCAGCCAGUGGUUCACCCCAGAUGGAUUCCGGUCUCUCUUUGCUCUUGUUGGGACAAAUGGUCAAGGAAUCGGGACCAGCUCCCUGAGCCAGUGGGUCCAUGCCUGUGAUGCUCUGGAGCUGAAGUCUCAGGACCGAGAGCAGCUGGAUGCCUUCAUCGACCAGCUGUACAAGGACAUCGAGGCAGCAACUGGCGAGUUUCUUAACUGUGAAGGAUCAGGCCUCUUUGUGCUUCAGAGCUGCUGCAACCACAGCUGUGUCCCCAAUGCAGAGACCUCCUUCCCAGAAAACAACUUCCUCUUGCAUGUCACUGCCCUGGAGGACAUUAAGCCAGGAGAGGAAAUCUGUAUCAGCUACUUAGACUGCUGUCAGCGGGAGCGCAGCCGCCACAGCCGCCACAAGAUCCUCAGGGAGAACUAUCUGUUUGUCUGUUCCUGCCCCAAAUGCCUGGCAGAAGCUGAUGAACCCAACGUGACCUCAGAAGAGGAGGAUGAAGAAGAGGAGGGAGAGCCAGAAGAUGCAGAGCUGGGGGAUGAGAUGACUGAUGUGUGAUGUCACCCGGCUUGGAAGGGGCCCUGCCCCAGACUCUGCCAGAACAGGGGGUCUUCCCCCAGAGAAGAGGCCUGGAUGGAACUCCCCACUCCUGUUGCCUGCUUCCCCCAGUCCAGCUCUGUUUCUGCCACAGGGUAGGACAGAGGCUGGUCCCUUGGCCCCCCAUGUCCCACCAGACCUCAUGUGCUGGACAUUGCUGCUGAAUGGCUCAGAUCCUGCACUGUCACUGAGCCUUUCAGAAUUGUCCCCCCACUGCAGUUCUCCACUCUAGAGUGUGAGCAGCUGGGACCAAGGUCAGCGCCUAACAGUGUUUCUUGCCCCUUGGUCCCAUGGCCACGCCUGCCCGUCGCUCCGAGGCUUUACCUCUCUCUACUUGCUGUGGAGAGGGUAGCAGAGUGGCAGUCAGAACAGCCUUACUUUAUUGAAGAACAGAGCGGGGGGUGAGUUGCCCUCACCUCCUUCCCUACCUCCCACCAUUGCAGCUGAUAAGGCAACUGCCUGACUGUUAGCACAGCCGGAGGAGCAGGAAGGAGGGGCUGGGCCUCCAGAGCACUUUCCUAAGGCUCUUUGCAGGGGUGCUGGGCAGGGAGAAUUCCCUCCCUCUCCCCACCUCCUCACUCCCACCACCUACACUUCUCGGGGUGUGGAGAUUAACCCCUUCCCCAAGCUCUAGAAUCUCUAUCUUGUGCCUUGCCUCUCAGCCCUGGCACAGUGGUGGGCCCCAUGGGGUAUGGAAAUGGCCUCUGCCUCCCUCAGGAGGGUUAUGUGGGGGAGCAUCAGCCCGUCCUCACAUGCUCUUCCCGUGAGGACUCCAGCAGCAUGGCUGAGACCUGCGGAUGCCUGGCCUGUGCUCCUUAAGUUAUGUUGCUCUAGUCGUCCCUGGGACGGCUCUCCUGGCCUCCAUCUCUAGAGUCUCCACAGAGGAACAAUGAAGUCUUCCAGAAACCUAGAGGAGCUGGGCUAGGUCCUCAGAGAUUAGCCCAGACUGUGCCCCCAUCCCCAAAUUAGCAGUACUCCUCACUCUUGGCGUGGGUGCUGUAGGAAUUAUAACCCUUCACUCGCAGUUCCUUUCUGCCUACCUUCCCUAAGGGGUCCUCACAUCUCCCUGCUAAGGGGUCCCAGGAAGGCAGAUGGCUGCCCACAGGCCCUUCCCUGGAUUAUGAGCCAGGCAGAGCCUGCCUCUCUGGCCCGUUGGGUUCUUCCUCCUUCACAGCAGCUGGCAUCCCCUCCCGCCCCUGCCUGCCCACUGUUCUCAAUAAAGUGUGAGUGGCGAGAGGCCUCUGAA